AUGUAUAAUAAUAAUAACCAAAGAUCGUCCAAUACAUAUCAACGACACUCUCAAGGGUUCAAUGGAAUUACCUCUCAACAAUAUUCAAGCAGACAACACCAUUAUCCAAUGUAUCAAAAUUUACAACAAAAUUUAAGUAAUAGAGAUACUUGGCAAAAUCAUACACAGUCACAACUGUUAAGUAAAAAACAAAUAGGUAAUACUACUGUCCAUGGUAGAAAUCCAAUGUUAAUGGCUAAUAAUGACGUUUUCACAAUUGGACCGUACAAAUCAAGAAAAGACAGUGCAAGGGUUUCUGUUUUGGAGAAAUUUGAAAUUAUUGGUUAUAUUGCAGCUGGGACCUAUGGGAAAGUUUAUAAAGCUAAAAGUCGUGAAGUGGUAAAUCCUAGUUUAAAGGACACCGUUGAUAAUAUAAAUAAACCAAGAACUGCUGAUAUUUUAGUAAAUUCAAGGAGAGAUGCAGAUAAUAAGAUUCACCAUCAAGCAUCGAACAUUAUUAACAAUGGUAUUAGUGGUAAUAUAAUACAACAGCAACAAUACAGAAUUGCUCAAAAUUCAGAGCUAAAUACUAGCAAUAAUAAUAAUGAUAAAAAUGAUAAAAACAGCGGUAAUGCAAGCCGAAUAAAUAUAAAAACUUCUGGAAAAAGCAUACCUGCUUCUGGUAAUACUUCUACACAUGCUGGAGCAAGUAAUAUUAAUAAUAGCAGUAAUAAUAAUAACAAUAAUAUUAUGCGAUCCACAAAUAGUCAUGCUAAUUCAAAUUUAGAAAACACUUCAAAAAAAGAUAAUUCUAGUGUUACUGGCAAUGGCACGCAUGUAGUGAUAUUAAAACCUGGGACAUCUAAUGGAAAAAAGGAUCAAUCAAUCUUUUAUGCCAUUAAGAAGUUUAAAAGUGAAAAGGAGGGUGUUGAACAAGUACAUUAUAUUGGAAUAUCACAGAGUGCUUGUAGAGAGAUGGCUUUAUGUAGAGAACUUGAUAAUAAACAUUUAACUAAAUUAGUGGAAAUUUUUUUAGAAAGGAAAAAUAUUUAUUUAGUUUACGAAUAUGCAGAACAUGACUUAUUACAAAUUAUUCAUUAUCACUCUCAUCCAAAGAAAAGAUUGAUAUCAACAAAAAUGAUAAAGUCUAUUAUGUGGCAAAUAUUGGAUGGUGUGUCUUUUCUACAUCAAAACUGGAUUAUUCAUAGAGAUUUGAAACCUGCUAACAUUAUGGUUACUGCAAAUGGUUGUGUUAAGAUCGGUGAUUUGGGUUUAGCAAGAAAAUUUUCAAACCUUUUACAGACAUUAUAUACAGGUGAUAAAGUAGUUGUGACUAUUUGGUAUAGAGCACCAGAAUUGUUACUUGGAGCUAGACAUUAUACACCUGCAAUAGACGUAUGGGCGAUUGGAUGUAUAUUUGCUGAAUUAAUGGGGUUACAACCUCUAUUCAAAGGAGAAGAAGCUAAAAUGGAUUCUAAGAAAGGUGUACCAUUUCAAUCUAAUCAAAUGCAAAAAAUAUUGGAAGUUCUUGGGACACCAAGCUCUAAGAUCUGGAAAAAUUUACACAAGUACCCAGAAUAUGAAAAUCUGGCUAAAUUUCCAAAGUAUAGAGAAAAUUUAGCUGCGUGGUAUCAUUCAACUGGUGGAAGAGAUAGUCAAGGGUUAGAUUUACUUCGUAGAUUACUUGCUUAUGAUCCCAUAGCGAGGAUCGAUGCGAUUGUCGCCUUAGAUCAUGGUUAUUUUACCAACAGUGAUAGUCCUGUUAGUGAAAAUAUAUUUGAAGGUUUGAAUUAUCACUAUCCUGCAAGAAGAAUUCAUACAGAAGAUAAUGAUAUCAUGAAUGUUGGACGUUCUCACAAAUCUAGGAACAUAGGUUCGCAAUCUCAGAUGAUGGCUCAUGGUGGUAAUAACACAACAUUAGGUGGUUUGGGUGUAAAUAGAAGGAUCUUGGCUGCGGCUGCAGCUGCAGCCGCAGCUGUGUCAAGUGGAUCAUUACCAUUAGGAUCUAGAGUUUCUGAACCUUCAAGAAAGAAAAGACGUUAA